UGCUCAUGCCGCCGCUCCCCGUGUCGCCGGUUUUGCUUUUGCUUGUUUAGUUUUUUUUAGUUCUCGAAAGUGCCGCAGCACGCCUUGGCGCCACAACUAACCCCCACUGCUGCAGCCGCCAAGCCGCUGUUCUGCUUGGUGCGUGCGUGCGUUCGCAUGAUCUUGUGGCACUCGAAGGCUAUCGCCGCUAUCGCUUGUCACCAGUAGUCUGCGCAGUCAGGAGCGUUAGAUAACGACAGCAGCAGCACCAUUCCCGCAAUGGUGUACUGCUGCGUUCCUUUUUGCAAGUCGAGCGAUCGGCGGUCAACUGGGAUAUCGUUUCACGAGUUCCCCGUCACCCAGAUUCGGCAGGAGUGGUUGAAGAAGAUCUCUCGACAGGCUGAAGGACCAGGAAAACAGCCAUGGGAGCCGAGCGACCGCAGCAAGGGUAUAUGCAGGAAACAUCCCGUAAAGAGCGACAGCCUGUGAAAAGGUGUGCUGUGCCAGGGCUGUCACCAGACAAGCCUCAUGCAGAAGCAAAGAAAAAUAGGUUCCCGUCCGCGAGGCUACGUGCCGAAAAGAGAGAUGCUUGGGUAGCUGCUGUGAGGAGACAGAAUGCCGACGGUUCACCGUGGGCGCCCAACAAACAUUCUCGGAUCUGCAGCGCGCAUUUCAUAACAGGACGGCCGUCAAAGUUCAAGAACCAUCCUGACUUCGUCCCCAGUGUGUUCACCUACGUGAGAAGUCGCGGUGAUGCUGCUGUGCGUCGCCAUAGCCGAUGGUGGAAGCGACAGAAAGGGGAGCUUGAUACGACAGCCACUUCUGCUACUCCUAAUGACACGCCAGAGUUGCAGGAUCCUCCCAAUGAGAAUCUCUACAUGGACACUAGUGCUGCACAGGAUGGUGUACUAGAUGAGAAUUCGGUGGACCUGCAACAACUGGAAAAUGAGAAUCCUGACGAAGGCUUGGAUGCUACAAAGGAUGAUGUACCUGAUCAGGACUCGAUGGAGCUGCAGCAACCCGAAAAUGGUAUAAAGGAGCACAUCUGGUCAGAUUGCCGCUGUCAAGCCUGUGCUUCUAAGAAGAUUGAAGUCCUGGUGCAAGAAAUAGGAAAUUCGCAGAAGUUUAUCCUCCAGUUGCAGAAACAAAAUGCAAAGCUAGAGGUGCAGCUAGAUGCAGCCAUGUCAAGAUGUCUCACCCUGACUACUCUAGCCACUCCAAAGGACUGAAUGUACUACACUGGAUUGCC